AAAAAAAACUAAACAAACCCAGAGUUAGCGGAAGAGUGGCGGCGUGUGUGAGGGGAGACAGGACCCCAGCAAAAGGAAGAAUGCUGGAAAACAAGAGAGAAAAAUUGAAAACCUUCCUGAAGAAAAUAGACGAGAAAGCCAUAUUCAGAAUAAAGCACUUCAUGAAGGAAAGCUGUACGGUGGAUGGUGGAGGAAAGGUGAGAAAGGGGAAGAGCAAGAAAAAGUUGGAGCCACGGAAAGCACAAAGUCUAGAGGAAGCCCAGCUGGAGAUCCAGCAACACAACAAGAACCUCGCCAAACAGACCCUUGUCAGGUCGCAAACGUUUGACUCGGACAGAAGCUUUGAACGGACAGAGGGCAGCAUUGGACGAAGUAGCUUUAUAAAGCACAACAAAACGUUCCACAAGCUGUUUCCAGAUAUUUCUGAAAGCGAGGACUUAAUACAUGCCUACAUCUGUGCCCUGCAGAAGGAAGUGCCCUACCACGGCAGGCUGUACGUGUCCGAGAACUACGUGUGCUUCUACUCCUCGGUCCUCCUGAAGGACACCAAGGUGGUGAUCCCCGUGUCGAGUGUGCACUUCCUGAAAAAGCAGAACACAGCCCUGUUGGUUCCCAAUGCUCUGUCCAUCCGCACCAAUGAAGGAGAGAAGUAUUUGUUUGUGUCUCUGCGAAACCGGGAGGCAUGUUACAAACUCCUGCACUCCAUCUGUCCUCAUCUGGAGGAUGGGAGUACCAACAGCAGCCCGCUCUUCUCCUCUGCAGAACACAGCUUUGAUCAAAGCAAGCACAUGAACUCCAGCCAGUCCAGUCUGGAGGACAGCUUUGACCAGCUGGACAGGGGAGACUCCAGCUUGCGUCUGGGCUCACCCCCUCCCAGGCUGACCAGAGAUGCAGUGCCUCAUAGGAGCUCCACCUUGAGGACCUACACUCACAGGGAAAAGGAAGACAGCUCCACGGAGGAGGACACAGGUGGCUCAUGGGUUUGGACCAUGGCCGAGAGCGUCAGAUCUCACCUCAUCCAGAGAGAAUCCUGCAGUCUCAACACCCUGCUCUUCAUCUACCUACUGCUAGUGGUGCUGCUCCUGCUGUCCUCGGGGUACAUCGGCCUGCGCAUCGUGGCCCUGGAGGAGCAGCUGACCUCCCUGGGGGCCCUGCCACAGUUCUCCUUGCAGAACGGGUAAGCCUCCUCCCCUGCAUCAGCAAACAUCCACCAUGCAUCAGUCAUCACGGUGCACAUGGUGUCAUUCUCACACAGGCCAUGUUCCACCUGCAGUAUGCAGAGCAGCUCUACCUAGGGCUUUGUUUCUCACACAUUAGAGCAGGUGUGUGUUCUCAUGCGAUUGUGUACAGUCCUUUGGGAACAGUCCCACCCACAUUUACCUCAUAUAUGAUCAGACAGAUAAGGCAUAAAGGAGAA